ACCGCUUUUCCCUGGUUCCUGCGCGUGCCGGCUCUGUCAGUCUGUGUGCGGCGGGGCCUAGCAGCAGAAUGAGUAUCUCGCGCUGGCCGCUGCUGGCGGUCGCUGCCGCCGCGGCGUUCGCGGUGCUGGCCGAGGACCCGUUUGGAGAAGACUGCAGAAGUAAAACAUAUCCUCCUGCAGGACCAACAUUCAAAGGGACGGUUCCAACAUACAUCAUAAAUCUUGAUUUACCUCCCAGCAGAAGAUGGGAUAAGUUGCUGAGUGACAAAAAAAUAGAGUUGAAGACUGUAAUUCAGAGUAUUAAAAAUAUAGCAAAUGCAUUCGUCCCUAGUGGCAAAGCUGUUGAAAUAGUGGAUACUAAGUUGGUUCGACUGAUUUCCACCCUUCCCUACCCUUUCAAUGAAGAGCUCAAAGGGAUUGCAAAUGCUUCGGGCAUUCCUUUGGGAGAAAUUGUUCUGUUUAAUAUCUUCUAUGAAAUCUUUACAGUAUGUACUUCAAUAGUAGCAGAAGACAAAUCAGGAAAGCUGUACCAUGCUAGAAAUUUAGAUUUUGGACUAUUUCUUGGGUGGGACAUAAAAAAUAGUUCCUGGAUUAUAACUCAGGAAUUGAAGCCCUUAGUGGUGACUCUGGACUUCCAGAGAAACAACAAAACAGUAUUUAAGUCUACAAACUUUGCAGGAUAUGUGGGCAUGGUGUCUGGAAUCAAACCAGGAAUUUUCACUCUUACAAUGAAUGAGCGCUUCAGUCUUGACGGUGGUUACAUUGGAAUCUUUGAGUGGAUUCUUGGGAGGAGAGAUGGUAUGUGGAUGGGCUUCCUCACCAGAACUGUGCUAGAGAAUGGUACAAGUUAUCAAGAAGCAAAAGACCAGCUGGUUAAAACAAGACUACUGGCUCCAGCUUACUUCAUACUGGGAGGAAACAAAUCUGGAGAGGGCUGUGUGAUCACUCGUAGCAGACAAGCUGCCUUGGAUAUCUGGGACCUUGAUGCAAAUGGGGGCACAUGGUAUGUGGUGGAAACAAACUAUGAUCGUUGGAAGGCUCCCCUUGUCUUGGACGACCGUAGAACACCUGCAAUGAAGUGCAUGAACCAGACAAAGCAAGAGAACAUCUCCCUACCAACCAUCUAUGAUGUUCUCUCCACAAAGCCUAUUUUAAAUAAGCUGACUGUGUGCACAACACUGAUGGAGGUUUCAGAAGGCCGUUCAGAAAGUUAUCUGCGGGAGUGCAUAGGUUCCUGUAGUCCAUGGUGAUCCUUCACCCAUCUGGGAUGAGCUCUGCCUGUUGGAAUUGGAUGCCCUUCACUAAAAAGAACUGUACCUCUGGAAAGGGGCUCUUCAGCCUCCAAAUGUUUCAUCAGAACUUUGAUAGCUAUUUGCAUAUAGCUAUUAACAAGCUUCUAAGAAUAGAUCUAACGUAGCACAGGUCGGUUAUCUGCUUUUUUUGACAGUUCAGACAACUGUGUACUAGCAUUUUGUUUCUACUUCCAAGUAUAUUUCUGUAAGUGUAAUACAACAAUCGCCUAUUGGUCCCUGCUAAUUUGUUACUGCAAUUGUUCACUAUCAGAAAAUUCCUUUUUUAGAUUAAAGAUACUUUUAAACUACAAAAUUGCAUUAGCGUGGCACCCUCUCCCAGUAUGAGAAAACUAGAAAUGGCGUAAAGGCAGUUGAUUAAAUGAGUUCUGCUACUCUUCCUUGUCACAAUAACAAAUUAAGAGUUUUAUAUAGUUGUUUGGAAGAAAGUUUAAUGCUGCUAGUCCAGUAUUAAGGAUGUAUUUCUAAAAUGUCUGUGUAAAAUGACCUAGCCAUAAAAUAGCUCCUCUUACAAUAAACAAGCUGUUGGGGAAUGUCUUGUGUUACAUCUGGGACAGAAGUGGCCUUUGGUGUUUGGGAGAUUUUUACCCACGUUAUUUCCUUGGCAUGACAUUUGCACUCUAACAAAAAAAAGCAAAUGUUUCAAAACAUGUAUUAAUACUAAAUAUUCCUAGAGAAUAUCCAUCUACUUUUUGACAUCCAAAGUGCCUAUGUAUGAGUCACUUAUGCACAAGACACCUAUGUACACAUUUAAUGUAACUUAGUCUGUCACUUGCAAUGAAAAUAGGACAUUACUUUAUGCAAGUUGUUUGCAGAGAAAUUAUCCUGUGAGGAACAAUCAAUUAUUAAAUCACCAGCUAAAUCCAUAAAGCUGUAUGGAGAAAGAGGGUGUACUACAAUAGAAAGUAUUUGAAAGACCAGUAAUGUUGGUUCUAUUUCUCAGUUGUUAAAGAUCCUUGCAAAGGACAAAGGAAAUAUAGAAACCAGAACUAGUAAAUUGGGAUGAUAUUCAAACUGUAAGGAGAAGUUUAAGAUGCCUACUAGAGCUGAGUGAAUGAUUAUUUUUUUUGUUGUUGUUCCUUGGCAGAACUGAAAAAUCCCCAAAAAACACUGUUUCUAAGUGAAACUGUUUUUGUUCUUGUUUCUCGACUUAAACUGAAAUUGUUUUGGGUGGGUUUUUUCUUUUUUUGUAUCAGAAUGGUUUUAGGUGUUUCACCCUCUAAGUAAAUAACUACUUCUGAAUAAAACAAUUUUAAAAUGAAAAGCAAAAAUAUUUCAUUUCAAAAUGGCAACAUGAACAGUUUCACCUUUUUAAAAAAAAAAAAAAAAAAAAAAGCCAAAGUUAUACAGACACAUUAACUUGUGCUGUAUAUACUUGGGUCACAUUGGAGGCUUUUCCCCCCACCCCUCUGAUACUAUCUCAGAUGUUUCAGAGAACUGUUAUCUCACACACAAAUGGAAGUUCUGAAUGUUGAUUUUAAUUUUGGCAGGGAUAUUGAUAUUUCAACAGUUAUAAUAGCAGUAAUCACUUAACUUUCUGGCUUCUAGUCUCAAACUAUAAAACAAAUUAGGUUCAGCAGUUUUUCAGCAGGUGGUAGAACAUAUCAUUAAAAUGGUUUAGGGGACUGCUCAGUAGGUUUUAAUUGCAUCCAAACAAAGGCAAUGUUCGGUUAACUUACAAAGCACCAACUGUCAUUUCAGAGUUUUGGUUGUUUUUUUAAAACCAGUGUCCUAUUUAAACAUACAUAAUAGUGUGAAAGGGGAAUAUGUAUACAAAUAUGUGGGAAAGAGACUAGACCGUAUUCCAAUGGUGUGGGAAGACCAAUGUUUUGUAUUCAAUAGCCAAAAAAUUCCUAAAAAGUGAGAUUUAAGUUUGUCUUCACUGUAGUGCUUAUUAAUUUAAAGCAGACAACAGAACUAAAUGUGAUUAAAUAUUGAGAAUAUGGUGAUCAUACAGAUGCUAAAUUCACACCCCACUUUGAAAUAUUAACUGGACUCAGACAGCUACAUGCAACUUAUCCUAACUCCAUUCAUUUGCAAAGUGCUGUAAAGAUGAAAAAUCAGUACCUCAACACUGGAUGUUAAAUAGGUCAUGAGCUUAGUGUACAGAAGCCAUAAACCUACAAUGCAACAGUUAUGAAAGUCUCAUUUGAUGCAUGUGAUUAUAGUGGGCAGAUAUUACCUCUUAUAUAUACAGUUGCAAACUAUUCCUGUUAGAAUUUUUUCCACAAACUCAAAUUUCUAAAAACAUCCACCUUUUGGAAUUUGAACUGCUGUGUGUGUUGUGUGCUUUAAGGAACAUUCCUUUGGAAAGGAUGGACUAAGUGUCUCCAGCAAUUUUAAUGCAUUUAGAAAAGGGAAGAAACUCUUUUCUAUUAAUUCCACCACUUUUUAAAAAAAAACUAAUCAAAUGUUAGGAAAAUAUCAGUCCCAAUCAGUUUGCUAAAGCCAUACCUUAUUAAAAUGAUUAAAGCUUUGAUUUCUUCCUCCCUUCCUCACCCCUCACCCCCCCAUCUCUUUCCUAGAUCACUCUCCCUCCCCCAUAUGCUCCUACAGGAGGCUGGAACCUGCCUUAGCACUCUGUCACGGGGACCUCUUAAGCAGCCAGCCCCAUUACUAAAAUAAAGUCACAGGUGGAUUUUUAUUUUAUUUACUGAAGUUUAAAUAAAAGUAUUCAUCCUUCCCUAAACUGCAAAGGGAUGUGCCCAAGCCUUUAUUUGUGUGUGUGUGUGUGUGUGUGUGUGUGUGUGUGUGUGUAAAUAUCAGCCAAAACCACUGGUCACAUUCAAUCCAGCUUUGCUAAUCAUUUCAGUGCUCCCUUAAAAUGCAUUUUUGGCAAAUGUAUUAUGUGUUGAAAAACUUUGCCUCACUCUAAUGCUUAAACAUGCAAUAUACAUGUAUGACCAAGCAUCAGUUUACAUCCAUAGUUAUCCUGCAUGACUGGCAGUGGAAAAUUUUACACAACUUGCUUUGCAGGAUUCCAAAGUGAAUUAAUAAAACUUUCUGAUGUCUGGA